AUGGAUACUUCUGCGGAUAACAAAAAUGUUGCACAUACAAGCGGUACAAACCCACCAAUUCAUUUAAGCGAGCUAUGGAAGGGGGCUAUUGAUGUUCAAACGACCGAAGUGUCAGGUAGUCCGUCCACGGAAAGCAUGGGCAACUUGGAUAAGGACAAGCGGUCCAUCGCUGCAACAAAAAUGGGCACCAGGAGGACCGUCGCAUAUAUUGACAUCUUGAAAUAUAUUAUGGGAACUCUACCUGGUAAGGACAAAUUGGCUAAAAUUAUCAAAGCGUUGCUAGAUUUGAUCAAGUUGUACCUGUCCUCCCCUCACCGGAUCGCUAACCUAAAAUCUGUCUCACUUCUGCUGAAACCCGUCGUUUCGUUGCAGCUGCUGGUCGACAAAUUCCUCACCACUGUUCUGACGCACUCUAGAGCUAAUUUUGCCAGUAGACAGUUAGGUAAUUUCAGAUACGUGAUUCGUUGUGGUGGGACUCCGUUCAGGGUUAUCAAGCUUGCUCAGAAGCUAGGCGGUGUCAACUUGGGGAACUAUAAAAAAAAAUUGCUAAAUGAAACCACGUUGCAAGAUGUUAUUGACCUCUACUAUGGUAUCUUUGACGAGUUGGACACGUUGCAUAGGCUGAAAAUAUGGAAAAAUGAGAAGCUGUUCAAAAUUGUCUCCGACCACGAGUGUAUUUCGUGGGAAUCAGACAUUAUGCUUGGCUUGAAGAAAAACUGGGCGCAGUUACAGACAAACUGGGAAGCACAACAGCAAUUGACCCCGUCUGCAGAAUUAUCAUCGGGUUUGCGGGAAGCAUUGAAAAGGGAGGAGAGACUGAUCAAGCUCGAUAUCGCGCGUCUGACUUGCGAUCUGCUAGCAAAUUCCUCCGAGUUAUUCCACUGGAACAUCCAUUUACCCAAGGGUACCUAUGAAGUGUUGUCUCUCGCGUCUGGUUGUCUGGGCUUUGCCAAGUGCUGGAUUGUUUCCAGGGAAGAGCUGAUAACGGAAAAAAAACACAGAUAA